UGGGUCCUCCUUCCUUUUUCUCGCCCCUGAGCUAACUGACGCCAAGAUGAACGACAGUGUCACCAUCAGGACGCGGAAGUUCAUGACUAACCGCUUGCUUCAGAGGAAGCAAAUGGUUCUUGAUGUGCUGCACCCUGGCAAAGCAACAGUCCCCAAGACUGAAAUCAGGGAAAAGCUUGCCAAAAUGUACAAGACCACCCCUGAUGUAGUUUUCGUUUUUGGCUUCAAGACUCAGUUUGGUGGUGGCAAGACUACAGGUUUUGCCAUGGUCUAUGACUCAUUGGACAAUGCUAAGAAGAAUGAGCCCAAAUACAGACUAGCAAGACAUGGUCUUUAUGAGAAGAAAAAGACCUCCAGAAAACAGCGCAAGGAAAGAAAGAACAGAAUGAAGAAAGUACGAGGCAUCAAGAAAGCCACUGUUGGUGCUGCUGGCAAGAAGAAAUGAAAUCAGGAAAAGUGAGACCUUCAGGGAAGACCAUCCUGAAAAUGUUGUAUAUUGUCAACAAAUAAAUAAUAAAAAAGCAAUUCUGCUGUUGUUUUUGAAA